UCAUCCCCCCGCAUUACUUAUUCACUCCAGAAAACGGUGGCUGUUCUGUUGUAUCCUGUUUGCAAGCCGCUUUGCAAUCUUUUCUGGUGCUGUUUAUUCUUGGAUCCCAAGUCCCUGUAGCUUUCCUCUGAAAUGCCAAUGAUAUGCCUGUCGGACUUUGAAGAUUACGCUAAGCAGUACCUACCCAAGACCACUUGGGAUUUUUUUGCAGCUGGAGCGGAUGAGUGUUGCACCCGAGAAGACAAUAUCUUGGCAUAUAAAAGAAUCCGUUUUCGGCCACGCAUGCUGCGUGGUAUGUCUGUUAUAGACACAAAGACAACACUUCUAGGGACUGAAAUCAGCUUCCCUGUAGGGAUUGCUCCCACCAGCUUCCAUCAACUGGCUUGGCCAGACGGAGAGAAAAGCACAGCCAGAGCGGCUGCAUCCAUGAACACCUGCUAUAUAACCAGCACAUAUUCCACCUGCACUGUGGAGGAGAUCGCUGCAGCUGCACCCCGGGGCUUCCGUUGGUUCCAGCUCUAUAUUCACCGCAACAGGGCACUCACAGCACAGCUGGUACAACGGGUGGAGGCCCUGGGUUUCCAAGGCCUAGUGUUUACUGCUGAUCUGCCCUACACUGGCAAGAGACGAGUUGACAUCCACAACAACUUCCAGCUCCCUCCACACAUGAAAGUGAAGAACUUUGAAGGAAACUUUGAGGAAAACAUAUGUACUGAGUAUGGACUGCCCCCUAACUUCAUAGAUCCUUCUAUAAACUGGAAUGACAUCUAUUGGCUGAAGAGUUUGACUCGUUUGCCCAUCAUUGUCAAAGGAAUUUUGACCAGAGAAGAUGCAGAUUUGGCUGUGAGACAUGGAGUUCAGGGCAUUAUUGUGUCAAAUCACGGUGGAAGGCAACUAGAUGGAGGACCUGCCACUAUUGAUGCUUUGGUUGAAGUUGUGGACAUAGUGCAAGACAAAGUUGAAGUUUAUGUAGAUGGUGGAAUACGGACAGGAAGUGAUGUUUUAAAGGCACUAGCACUAGGAGCAAAAUGUGUCUUCAUUGGAAGGCCAGUCUUAUGGGGUCUGACCUACAAGGGUGAAGAAGGGCUACGAGAAGUUUUGCAGAUUUUGCAUGAUGAACUUCGUUUGUCAAUGGCCCUGGCUGGCUGUCACAAUGUCACAGAAAUUGGCCGACACCUUGUCCAGUUCUCUAAGCUGUAGAGAGCUUCCUGCAUUCCCCAGUGUGCAAACACAGAAGCAAUGCUUGUUGACUAUCAAGGGCUGGUACAUAUUCAGGGAGAAAAGGCAGGACAAAGGGAAUGCACACAUAUCAGAAGUCUGCUAAACCAUAUAGACAAGUGUAGCAGCAAGAAAAAAAAACUCUAACACUACGUGGUGGAGACAUGGAAGGCACCAUAUCAGCAAAGAUCACUCUAAACCUAUCAUGUGAAGCAAUUAGCUUCUUCUGCACUGCAGCAAAUUGCUAUUUGCUUAUGUUCAUAUGUAUUUACCUGCAAAUAGCCUGAUCCCCAAGUGUUGCCUUUUAUUUCCCCAACUCCAUCCUGCUUGACUGCCAAUGCAGGGGGGGGGCACGUCUAGCCUUACCUCUUCAGCCUGACUCCAUCAGCCUGUUCUGUUAUUUAGCAUCCUUUUAUUGGACACAGCAGUCAAGACCUCCCUUCUACCCCAAGAACCCGAUUUCUCCCAUGCACACUUACAGCUGUGUAACCUUCUCACUGUCCCCCUGAAAGUUAUUCUGGCUGUCCCUUCAGCUGUUGAUGACCAGCUCCCUUACCAAAUACAAACAAAAAACAAUCACCAUGUUACACACAUAACCAAACUCAGAACACCCAUCAUUCAAGCCCUUGCUCCUCCAUACCUUACUCUAUGCAGAAUCCUCUCAUUACUGGCCAAGCUUGUACUGUAAGCUCUUCUGGGGUCAGGCCUUGCUUUGUGAAGUGCUAUGGCACUGUAUAAAUGACUGCAGUCUCCUCAGUAGUGCACCAGCACAGGCAUAUGGU